AUGAUUGAAGACAAUAAGGAGAACAAAGACCAUUCCUUAGAAAGGGGAAGAGCAAGUCUCAUUUUUUCCUUAAAGAAUGAAGUUGGAGGACUUAUAAAAGCCCUGAAAAUAUUUCAGGAGAAGCAUGUGAAUCUGUUACAUAUCGAGUCCCGAAAAUCAAAAAGAAGAAACUCAGAAUUUGAGAUUUUUGUUGACUGUGACAUCAACAGAGAACAAUUGAAUGAUAUUUUUCAUCUGCUAAAGUCUCAUACCAAUGUUCUCUCUGUGAAUCCACCAGAUAAUUUUACUGUGAAGGAAGAUGGUAUGGAAACUGUUCCUUGGUUUCCAAAGAAGAUUUCUGACCUGGACCGUUGUGCCAACAGAGUUCUGAUGUAUGGAUCUGAACUAGAUGCAGACCAUCCUGGCUUCAAAGACAAUGUCUACCGUAAACGUCGAAAGUAUUUUGCAGACUUGGCUAUGAACUAUAAACAUGGAGACCCCAUUCCGAAGGUUGAAUUCACUGAAGAGGAGAUUAAGACCUGGGGAACCGUAUUCCAAGAGCUCAACAAACUCUACCCAACCCAUGCUUGCAGAGAGUAUCUCAAAAACUUGCCUUUGCUUUCUAAAUAUUGUGGAUAUCGGGAGGAUAAUAUCCCACAAUUGGAAGAUGUUUCAAAUUUUUUAAAAGAGCGUACAGGUUUUUCCAUCCGUCCUGUGGCUGGUUACUUAUCACCAAGAGAUUUCUUAUCAGGUUUAGCCUUUCGAGUUUUUCACUGCACUCAAUAUGUGAGACACAGUUCAGAUCCCUUCUAUACCCCAGAGCCAGAUACCUGCCAUGAACUCUUAGGUCAUGUCCCGCUUUUGGCUGAACCUAGUUUUGCCCAAUUCUCCCAAGAAAUUGGCUUGGCUUCUCUUGGCGCUUCAGAGGAGACUGUUCAAAAACUGGCAACGUGCUACUUUUUCACUGUGGAGUUUGGUCUGUGUAAACAAGAUGGACAGCUAAGAGUCUUUGGUGCUGGCUUACUUUCUUCUAUCAGUGAACUCAAACAUGCACUUUCUGGACAUGCCAAAGUAAAGCCCUUUGAUCCCAAGAUUACCUGCAAACAGGAAUGUCUAAUCACAACUUUUCAGGAUGUCUACUUUGUAUCUGAAAGCUUUGAAGAUGCAAAGGAGAAGAUGAGAGAAUUUACCAAAACAAUUAAGCGUCCAUUUGGAGUGAAGUAUAAUCCAUAUACACGGAGUAUUCAGAUCCUGAAAGACACCAAGAGCAUAACCAGUGCCAUGAAUGAGCUGCAGCAUGAUCUCGAUGUUGUCAGUGAUGCCCUUGCUAAGGUCAGCAGGAAGCCAAGUAUCUAA